CGGCCGGGCGGAACUGUUUGACGUCGAGCAGCUCCUUUCACUUCCCCAGCUUCGCUGUUCUCCAUUUUCUACAGACCCGAGCGGCUAUCGAGGGGAGAGGCAAAGAAGAAAAAAUGAAUGAAGAAUAUGAUGUAAUCGUCCUGGGAACUGGACUGACGGAAUGUAUCCUCUCAGGCAUUAUGUCUGUGAAGGGCAAGAAGGUGCUUCACAUGGACCGCAACUCGUACUAUGGUGGAGAAAGUGCGUCCAUCACCCCCUUGGAAGAUCUAUACAAACGGUUCAGCCUACCUGGAAACCCACCAGAGUCGAUGGGAAAGGGAAGAGACUGGAAUGUAGACUUGAUUCCCAAGUUCCUCAUGGCCAAUGGUCAGCUUGUCAGGAUGUUGCUGAUCACUCAAGUGACACGUUACCUUGACUUCAAGGUCAUUGAAGGCAGCUUUGUCUAUAAAGCUGGGAAGAUUUACAAAGUCCCUUCCACUGAAACAGAAGCCUUGGCAUCCAAUUUGAUGGGGUUGUUUGAAAAGCGACGAUUCCGAAAGUUUUUAGUGUUUGUUGCCAACUUUGACGAGAACGAUCCUAAAACCUUGGAGGGUGUGGAUCCAAAGAAGACUACAAUGCGAGACGUGUACAAGAAGUUUGACUUGGGCCAGGAUGUCAUUGACUUCACGGGCCACGCCCUUGCUCUGUACAGGACUGACGAGUAUUUGGACCAGCCCUGCCAUGAAUCAAUAAACAGGAUUAAGCUUUACAGUGAGUCUUUGGCCAGAUAUGGUAAAAGCCCUUACCUUUACCCUCUGUACGGUCUUGGAGAGUUGCCACAAGGUUUUGCAAGAUUAAGUGCCAUAUAUGGAGGAACCUACAUGCUGAACAAACCCAUUGAAGAGAUCGUCAUUGAGGAUGGAAAAGUUGUUGGAGUUAAAUCUGAGGGCGAGAUUGCUCGCUGUAAGCAGUUGAUCUGUGAUCCCAGCUAUGUUAGUGACCGGGUGACAAAGGUGGGUCAGGUGAUCCGCCUCAUCUGCAUUUUGAACCACCCCAUCAAAAACACAAGUGACGCCAACUCGUGCCAGAUCAUCAUUCCACAGAACCAGGUCAACAGGAAAUCUGAUAUCUACGUAUGCAUGAUUUCCUUUGCACACAAUGUUGCGGCACAGGGAAAAUACAUUGCCAUUGUGAGCACUACAGUGGAGACCAGCGAUCCCGAGAAAGAGAUCAAGCCGGCUUUGGAUCUUCUUGAGCCCAUUGAACAGAAGUUUGUCAGCAUCAGUGAUCAGUAUGCUCCAACUGACUUGGGAUCUGAAAGUCAGAUCUUCAUUUCGCGUUCCUAUGAUGCCACCACUCACUUUGAGACCACCUGUGACGACAUCAAAGACAUCUACAAGAGGAUGAUCGGCACAGAAUUUGACUUUGCAGAAAUGGAGCGUAAGAAGACUGACAUCUUUGGAGACGUUGAUCAGUAAAAGAGUGAUGCACUCCCAAAACAAUAUUACCGACGACCAUAAUCUACAAGUAUUGGCUGAUUCAAGUAUAUGUUCUGUCCAUUAAGGAAUUUAAUGAACUGCGUAAAUUUGUAUUGUGGGGCCUGCUUUUUAUAAUCACGUUUUGACAAGUAUUGCACUGAUCCUAGGUUAAUAACCACCAUUUAUCUUGAGAUCAUGUACUCGGUUAAGUGAUAAAUGAGGGGUUCUGUCCAAAGAUGCCAAAUUAUGUUUUAUUCAAUAUCCAUGUGGUUAUAAAAAGUAUAUUCGGUAUUCGUUUUUACAUUUAACUUCCCAUGAAAGAUUGAAACCUAGGCAGUCCAUUUGUAUACAUGAGUAUUAUAUACAUGUAACAAAGUGAUAACAAAAAUACUAUUCAUUGAGAAGUGUUUCCAAGAAAAAUUUGGAACUGUUUCCCCAAAGCAUCUUAAAAUAUUUUGCCAUUGUCAGUAGCCAAUAUCUUUCCUGUAACACUGAGUUCACUGUCAAAAUGAUGAAGCAUACUGAUAAGAUCCAUACUCUGUUCUGCUGUAUCCAAAUCUUCCCAUACAAAAGAGCAGGACACAGCAUUAUACUUAUACUAAAAAUACUGUUCAUAGCAGUUUGGGUAACGCACUGUACGUAAGGAUUACUUUCUCUCUCCUUUAAACCAAUAAAAACUGAACGAAUAAAAGCAGGCAAGAUGUGACUGCCUUCUAUGUACCGUUCCUCUUAAUUUACACGGACCAAACUGCAGCGUGGUAUUAUGACGACGGAGCCAGGUGUAGGACCAUCACGGGUGUUUCAAAAGCUGAAACCAUUUCUGUACUCCAAAGUAAAGAAGUCAUGAAAAACGAA